UGGGUAGGAAGUGGGCGGGGCCACAACUGAAGAAUGACCGGAUCUGGCUAGGCUCGAAAGCCGAACUUCUUGCAACUUAGAGGGGGUGGCUGAUUCGACUGAGCCGAGAUCUCCCGCAAGCGUUCGGAAGUAGAGUCGAAAUCUUCCGAAGGCUGAACGCUUGCUGUUUAGGGUGGGCAGGGCUCCCGAUUGAGCUUUAUUUAGGGUGCUGGAACAUCGUACAGCUGGCGCAAGACAGGACUGGGUUUCUUUUAAAAAGCCCGACUCAGAAUAGGCGGGAAGGGAGAAUCUCAGAAAUUCGAAAGGGGCGGGGCUGGGCUCCAACUAUUUAGAAAAGGGUGUGGCUUGAGCAAACCUCCACCCUACAUUGAGGUUCCGAGACCUGACGGACGCAACAGAAAGAAGAUACGCACUUUGCAAAAAGGGCGGUGCACCACUAUGGCGGGAGGUCUCUCUGAGGAGUUGAGAUGUGGUGGCACGCAUUGGCAGAGAUGAUGGUCACCUGGAGCGGAGGGGGAGCGGAACAGUGGGACCUGGGAAGAUGCUGGUGGUGGAGGUCGCUAAUGGCCGCUCGCUGGUAUGGGGAGCCGAGGCGGUGCAGGCGCUGCGGGAGCGCCUGGGAGUCGGGGGACGCACGGUGGGCGCCCUGCCCCGCGGGCCCCGCCAGAACUCGCGCCUGGGCCUUCCGCUUCUGCUGCUGCCUGAAGAAGCCCGGCUCCUGGCGGAGAUAGGCGCUGUGACCUUAGUCAGCGCCCCGCGUCCGGAUCCCCGCAACCAUGGCUUGGCCCUAGCGUCGUUCAAACGCCAGCAAGAGCAGAGUUUCCAGGAUCAGAGCACUUUGGCAGCAGAGGCCCGGGAGACCCGGCGUCAGGAGCUUCUGGAGAAGAUCGUAGAAGGCCAGGCUGCCAAGAAGCAGAAGCUGGAACAGGAUUCUGGGGCAGAUGAAGAAGGCCAAGAAGCCGGUGGAAGUGAAGCUACCCAAGGAAGUGAGACCAGUGAUGAUGGUCAGGCUUCUGCGGAGCAGGAAGGAGCAGAUUCUUCAUCCCCCCAACCAGGACCUUCAAAUGGGGUGACUCCCUUGCCCAGAUCAGCCCUGCUUAUCCAGCUGGCCACUGCCAGGCCUCGGCCUGUAAAAGCUAAGCCUCUGGACUGGCGUGUGCAGUCCAAAGACUGGCCCCAUGCUGGCCGUCCUGCUCAUGAGCUUCGCUACAGCAUCUACAGAGACCUGUGGGAGAGAGGCUUCUUCCUCAGCGCAGCUGGGAAGUUUGGUGGUGACUUCCUGGUCUAUCCUGGUGAUCCGCUGCGUUUCCAUGCUCACUACAUUGCUCAGUGCUGGUCUGCUGAGGACCCCAUCCCACUUCAGGACCUGGUCUCUGCAGGCCGCCUGGGAACCAGUGUCAGAAAGACUCUGCUUCUCUGCUCCCCUCAGCCUGAUGGGAAGGUGGUUUAUACUUCCCUGCAGUGGGCCAGCCUGCAGUGAGCUGGCGACUGAGGGGGAUGUGGCUGUGCGUGGCAAGAACCCUCCUCGAUGGUCACCCCAGCUCUUCUCCUCAUGGAGGCUUGUGCUCUCCUACCCUGCCUGGUUCUGAUUCCAGGAUUUUGAACACUACAUCCUUUCUGUUUGUUUUUGUUUUGUUUUGUUUUUUCCUGUUUUAAGGCAAUUACUGCCUGUGUUGCUCUGUAUUCUGUUUCCAAACUGAACUUGUUGAGAAUGGAGACUGUUUUGUGUUUGGCUUCUCUGUUUCCUAUGGGGCUUAGGUCCCAGCAGUUCUCAAUAAAUUUGUUGAAUAAG